AUGUCGCAUAAGUUUUCCUCCAAGUUCGAUAGGGCUUGCAUUAAAGGUUGUGUGUGGGGUGUUGCUUACAGAUUACCAGAGGGGAAAGAGGAUGAAGUAAAAGCUUAUCUCGACUUCAGAGAAAAAGGUGGCUACCGGACUACAACUGUGGUCUUUUAUCCAAAAGACUCUUCAAUAAAACCAUUUAAUGUCUUGCUGUAUAUUGGAACAUGUGAUAAUCCUAACUACCUCGGCCCGGCUCCAUUAGAAGACAUUGCAGACCAGAUUUUUAAAGCGGUUGGUCCAAGUGGAAAAAACACAGAAUAUUUGUUUGAACUUGCAAACUCGCUGAGAAAUCUUGUACCAGAAGAGGCAGAUGAGCAUCUUUUCUCUUUAGAAAAGCUAGUUAGGGAGCUUUUGGAAAGACACCAAAAUAUAAAUUGCAUAUAAUGGUCAAUGAUAGCUCUUUGGCUAUUGCAGCAGAUAUUUGCAAAAAGAAAAGCAAAAACAAUUUGCACAAUGUAUCUAGGUUUUAUUUAUGCUUUCUAGAGUAUUAUAGAAAUAUUUAAUACCAUGUUUGCAAAUGAAUACAUGCUAUUCUAAAGGCAAGCUUUAUGCCUGAUUUUAAAAAGGACAUCAAACACCUUGUAUAUUUGUGUAAAAAUUGCACUUUCUCUACAGUCCCUAGAGAGGGCAAAAAGUUUGUCUUGUAACCUGCCAAUCCAAUAGCUGGCAGCUUGAUAUUUUAAAGACCUAAGUUACAGAUAUUGCUUUUUGACCUCUAUAGGGAAUGUAGUACAAAGCACAGUUUUUACACAAAGAAAAUAUGUGUUUAAUAAUUAUAAGUAGUUUCAUAGCAAUAGAUAAAUACUUCUGAAUAAAAUGUUGUAUUUGAACUAUAAUGGGAAAAGUAUUCACAUACUAUCCACACUGUUAGUUUGCCAAACAGUAUAUACAUGGCAAACUAGAAGAAACAUUUAGAAAUGCACUUUGAAAUACAAAGUGUUUAUUGGGAGUUUUAUAACAACCUUAUUUUAAACACUGCAACCUCUAAAAUGUCACAGUUCUUGAUCUCCAAAGAAAGCUUAUCCAUUUAUUUGUAAGUACACAGUGACCCAGCGUGAUUGGCAGGCAAAAUAGUACACAGUGUGUGUAUAUGGAUAAAUUCUGAGACUACACAUAUGCACAAUGUGCCCAUCACAGAGUUAAAAGGGCUGAAACAGCUUUUAUUGAAAAUGUUUGUAUGGAAAAGUGCAUUGAAUUAAAGGGACAUUAAACCCUAAAUACAUUUUUGAGCAUAGUAUUCAAGUUAUCUGCCACCUCCUUCAGAUACGUGCAGUGAACACUAGGUUCCAUAAUGACAGCACCCGUAAUAAGAGGGAAGUACAUGAAAUUAAAUGUAUUUAGGGUCAGAUUACGAGUAGAGCGCAAUCAUUUGUGCCCGAGCGAUAAGGGGUUUAUUGCGGGUCUUUGCACUCGUUGGGCUUACUGUUGGUAAUGCGAAUUGAAAGUAAACGCGAUCACUUGAGCGCAAUUGUGAUUUAUGCUAGAAUGAUUACAGCAACUUCAGAGUUCUGGUUAACUGUUUCGCAAAACAAAAAGUUGCACAAAACACACAAAAAAUACAUUACAAAUUCUAGUUACAGUCCUCAUAAUAACACUAAUACAAAUUAUUCUUAAAAAUAUUCCAUACAAAAGUUAUAAGGGCUCAAAGAAAUGAGGUAUCAGGUGUUAGAAAAAAAAAAGGUUAGGCAAAGGGCUUUAUCAUAGAGAUACAUACAUAUACAUCUUUAAAGAUAUGUGUGUCUGUAUGUAUGUGUAUAUAUAUAUAUAUAUAUAUAUAUAUAUAUAUACAUACACACACACACACACAUACAGGCAUGUAAAAAGAAAGUACACCCUCUUUGAAUUCUAUGGUUAUGUAUCUGGACAUAACAAUCUUCUGGUCCUUAGCAGGUUUUAAAAUUAGGUAAAUACAACCUCAGAUGAACAACAAAACAUGACAUAUUACACAGUUUCAUGAUUUAUUUAACAAAAAUAAAGCCAAAAUGGAAAAGUCAUGUGUGAAAAACUAAGUACAUCCUUUCUUCUUCCAGAGGAAUUAAGAGGCUAAGUAGCAGCCAGGUGCUGCUAAUCAAAUGCCGUUGAUUAAUUGAUUAUCAGCAAGUGUGACCACCUCUAUAAAAGCCAAAGUUUUAGCAAUUUGCUGGUCUGGAGAAUUCAGGUGUGUGUUAACACAAUGCUAAGGAGGCAAUACAUCAGCAGUGAUCUUAGAGAAGCAAUUGUUGCUGCCCAUCAAUCUGGGAAGGGUUAUAAGGCCAUUUCCAAACAAUUCAAAUUCCAUCAUUCUACAGUGAGAAAUAUUAUUCACAAGUGGAAAACAUCCAAGACAGUUGCCAAUUUUCCCAGGAGUGAACGUCCCAGCUAGUUCACCCCAAAAUCAGAACAUGCAAUGCUCAGGGAAUUUGCAUAAAAACAUCUCAGACUCUACAAGUCUCAGCAUGUUAAAGUUCAUGAGAGUACAAUUAGAAAAAGACUGAAAAAGUAUGGUUUGUAUGGAAGGUUUGCCAGGAGAAAGCCUUUUGUAUCUAAAAAGAACAUGGCGGCACGGCUUAGGUUUGGAAAGUUGCAUCUGAACAAACCACAUGACUUCUGGAACAAUGUCCAUUGGACAGACAAGACCAGAGUAGAGAUGUUAAGCCAUAAUGCACAGCGCCACAUUUGGCGGAAAACAAACACAGCAUAGCAACUGUCAAGCACAGUGGUGGAGGGGUGAUGAUUUCAGCUUGUUUUGCACCCACAGUACCUGGGCACCUUGCAAUCAUUGAGUCGACCAUGAACUCUUUAUACCAAAGUUUUCUAGAGUCAAAUGUGAGGCCAUCUGUCCGACAGCUAAAGCUUAGCCAAAAUUGGGUCAUGCAACAGGACAAUGAUACCAAGCACACCAGCAAAUCUACAACAGAAUGGCUGAAAAAGAAUCAAGGUGUUGCAAUUGCCCAGUCAAAGUCCAGACCUCAACCAGAUUAAAAAUACUGUGGCAGGACCUUAAGAGAGCUGUGCAUAAAUGAAUGCCCGCAAACCUUAAUGAACUAAAGCAACGAUGUUGUCAGGGUUUCACGUUGACUUCGCUAGUUAUUUGUAGCUUUUUAUAUUGGCUGCCAUUUUAGACUCACCUGUGUUUUCUCCUUGCCUGUAGCAGAGUGUGUAACCCUGCUCACUACACCCAGGCUCCCUCUUAUGGCCAAGUUGGGCAACAUCAUCUGAGAGAGACAGGUUGCAGUCUCAGAAUGAUGAUGAUCCUAUCACUUCCUUUUUAACUGCCUCUGUCCAGUUUGCCAUUGCCUUUGUGUGGUCUCUGACUUCUCUGUAAGUGCCUGACUCUGUGUAUUACUUGCCUUGUUUGAUGUGCCUUCUGGUUCCUGAUCCCUGGCUUGUUUCUGACUUUGCUGAUCUUUGUGUUCCUGACCUUGGCUUGUCUUGACUCCCUGCUUUGGUUCCUGACCUAACUCGUCUGUCUACCCACUCUGGCUUGUCAUUUGGCUUUUAAUUUUUGUUAUUUUUUUAAAUAAAGGUGUGAUUAAUUUAGCAUUUCACAUCUCUGUCUGAUUCCUGGUACCCUAACAGUUGUAAAGAAAAGUGGGCCAAAAUUCCUCUACAAUAAUGUGAGAGACUGAUAGUCAUACAGAAAAUGAUUACUUCGUUAUUGCUGCUAAAGGUGGUUCUACAAGCUGUUGAAUUUAUCUUGGCUUUAUUUUUGUUAAAUAAAUCAUGACGCUAUGUAAUAUAUAUUGUGUUGGGUUUUUUUUAUCCGAGGUUGUAUUUACCUAAUUUUAAGACCUGCUAAAGUACCAGAUGAUUAUGUCCUGAUAUGUAGAAUCAUAUAAUUCAAACAGGGUGUACUUUUAUUUUUCACAUGACUGAGAUGCCAUUGCAGAAAAUGCAGCAUGUCUGCAGAAAGAACAGGACACAUGCAGGAACCGUUACAGCUUUAUCUUUGCAGUGCUGCUCCACAUCAGGCUGUUCUCUUCAAACAGAGCUUUGCUCUGGCUGCACUGUGUAAGUUCCACAGGAAAGUGCAUAUGCAGUAGUGACUGGCUCUCAGAUUUUUUUCAAACCCGCCCCCUAACCUUUCCCAAUCUGCAAAGCUGUUUUUUUGUGAAUGUAAGACAUUCUUAUGAGCAAUGCACCUUUUUUUAUUACAUUUCUAUGUUAGACCAAGAGAAAAGGAAACAAAUUUAUUCAAGUGACAUUUUACAAUUUCUUUUUUUUUUUUUUUUUUUUAUGCAGCUAAUUUGCAAUCCGAUUUUCAGCUGCUGCAAUAUAUUAUAAAACUUUUAAAAUUGCUUUAUUCUCCAUUUAAUCAACACAUUGCAACUGAACUGGUGCUUUAGUGUAACCGCCUAAUUUAACCUGCAGAAAAAGUUUCACCAAAAAAAAAAAAAUACAUUUCAUUGCAGAAAAGGAAAAAAAGUUCUGCCUCUGGGCCUAUAUAUAAUCAUGUGUGUGUAUGUGUAUAUAUAUAUAUAAUAUAUUGUACCAAACAACAUCAGAUAUAUGUAGAAAUAUUUAUUUAUAAAUAAAUAAAUAGAACAUAUUCUUGUAUGUGAAGAACAUUGGAAUGUGAAAUAUUCAUAUUUUUAUGUCGGGUUAGCACACAUGAGAAUAUGCAGUCGGGUUUUUUGUUUGUCACGUUUUUGUUUUUCCCCCAUUAACUUCUAUGGGGGAAUAUGUGAACGCUCACGCAAUAUCGGCAAUUUGCGCUCGUCGGGUUAAUGAGUGAGCAAAAACAAUUUACUUUCAACUCAUAAUACGAGCACAUCCCGACGUGAGCAAAAAACCUAGCGCAGUUAAAAAAUCAAGCAGAAGCGUUUGUUACUGCUCCACUUGUAAUCUGACCCAUAGUGUUUAAUGAAAUUAAUAACCUAUGUAAGACCGUUUUCAGACUCAUGGGGUCAAAAGUAUAGCCUUCCAAGUGAAAUGCAUUGCCUAUCUCUGACUUACUAUACUUUUGCUGCUCAUGUAAACUUACUAGACGUAAAUAAAAUUGAGUUAUGUUGCUUGACUUGGUAUGAUAAAAUGAUAUUUAAAAUUAUAUAUUUUUCCCUAAUUAAAAAAAAAUUAAGUUAAUUUAUUUGAAGGGCUAAAUUUCUCAUACUGCUAUUUCAAAUGGAUAUUAUUUCAUCAAAGUAUGAUGUGUGUAAUACGUAUACUCACGAAUCCCACUUAUCUCAUUACUUACUGCCACCAUCUUCUGCAGUAACUUCUUCCCACGCCACUUAAAACUGAAUUCUUUGGAAAAACCCAUCUAUAACAUACUACUCCAAAAGCAAACUGUUUUACAUGCUUGUACCUCUUAAAGGGACAUGAAACCUAAAAAAAAUGCUGUCAUGCGUCAGACAAUAUUGUUUUAAACAACUUUCCAAUUUACUUCUAUUAUCUCUUUUGCUUCAUUCUUUUGAUAUCCUUUGUUGAAGAAAUAGCAAUGCACAUGGGUGAGCCAAUAACACAAGGCAUCUAUGUGCAGCCACCAAUCGGCAGCUACUGAGCAUAUUUAGCUAUGAUUUUCGAUAUCGAGAUAAUGAAGCAAAUUAGAUAAUAGAAGUAAAUUCGCAAAGUUGUUUAAAAUUGCAUGCUCUGUCUGAAUCAGGAAAGAAAAAAUGUUGGUUUCAUGUCCCUUUAACUGAUGAUUCUCUUCAUCCUGUGGUCACCAUUUGUACACAAGCAUCAGAACUGCAGGAUUUGUUGGCACCUUUUAAAGGGAUAUUUGACUGAAAAUGUAAUUUUCUGAAAAUGUAUAAUUAAUGACAAUAUAACAAAAUUGUAAUAUACAGUCGUUAUUUUGCUUGCUUUUAUUGUAAAAUACCUAUAAAAAAUAUUCUUGUUCUACAUCUUUCCAUCUGGAGCUCAAAUUCUGUACUUAAAGGGAUGUUAGUUUUUUUUUUUCUAAACUAAAAGCAGGAAUUUGAGAACAAAUUAACUCUGUUUGGUAAAAUUGAUAUUCCUGUACUGAGGCAAAUAAACGGAAAAACUGUUUGA